AUGAAAAAGCCUGCCGCUGCCAAGCUCGCUGCCAAGCGCCCGGCAGCUGCGAAGCGCCCAGCAGCUGCGAAGCAAGAUAUGGUUGUGUUGUCGGAGUGGGCCGGAGAGAACAGGGAGCAGCCCACAGGCGAUCGGACAGGGACAGUUUGGUUGGAGGAUUCUGGUGAUGAAUCGCCGUUCUCUGCCUUGGAGCAGAAAGAGGAGCUGAUGCGAGUCCAUGAGCAGCCAGAAGGGUUCGUGACCGAGUGGAACGAAGCUUCUGAGAAGGCGUGGGGUCGCAUUCGCCGCUGGGAGACGGCCAUGAUUCCUCCAGAUCCCUCCGGAUCCAUCGUGUACGAGGAUGCGAGUGCGCAAACGGUGGACUCCAAAGUGCUUGUGUCUUGCUUCGCGGUGCAGGUGUCUGUUGAGGCAGCCAAGGCUUCCGCUUGGCAUCGAGUGGUGGGGGUCGCCAGAUUCGACGGCGUUACCGUCGGAAUCUUGCAGGAGUACGACGGCGAGGGCUGCAUGGUGGCACUGCAGGGUGAGCUUAAGUCAGCAUUCAUGGUUGAAGUUCUGAUGGCCAUGUCCGAUGCCAUGAACCGCGGCUCCCAUGACAUGUGGAUGGCAGCGAGGUACGUCAAUUUCAGAUACCGUUAUGCCACAUGGACAGUGACACAGACAAGCAAUGGUCCAGAUGCCAAGGCCUUUCAUC